GUGAACAUCACUUUGAGCCGCAUCAACACCACCGCAAACUUACCCGCCACCAACACACCCAAUCUGUCUCGCCUCCCUCAUUCCCUGCCCUUAUCGCUGAAUCAGUAAAUACACGCACACACCGACGAUGCCCGCCACGACAGCAGAGACGCUGUCACUCGUGACUCGCACCGUCUCGGUUGCGCCGCUCGUGCUCCUCUCCGCAGCAGAUCACUACGGCCGUCAGGCGAAGGGGACACGGAAACGCGUUGUUGGUGUGCUCUUGGGACAGAACGAUGGCAAGAACGUCAGAGUAUCCAACAGCUUCGCCGUACCGUUUGAGGAAGAUGAGAAGGACCCGUCAGUAUGGUUCCUUGAUCACAACUACGUCGAGUCGAUGAACGACAUGUUCAAGAAGAUCAACGCACGCGAGAAGCUCAUCGGCUGGUACCACACAGGGCCCAAGCUGCGCGCAUCGGAUCUGGAGGUCAACGAGCUAUUCAAGCGUUACACACCGAACCCUUUGCUGGUUAUCAUCGACGUACAGCCGAAGGAGGUCGGUGUCCCAACAGACGCCUACUUCGCCGUGGAGGAGAUCAAGGACGACGGCACAACAACCUCCAAGACAUUCGUUCACACACCAUCGAUAAUCGAAGCCGAAGAAGCAGAGGAGAUUGGUGUUGAGCACCUUCUCCGUGACAUCCGCGACGUUGCCGUCGGCACACUCUCCACCCGCAUUACAUCACAACUGCAGUCGCUGCAAGGCCUGCAUCUGCGGCUGCGCGACAUCGGGCAGUACCUACAGAAGGUUCUCGACGAAGACCUGCCUGUGAACCACGCGAUCCUCGGCAACCUACAAGAUGUAUUUAACCUCCUCCCGAACCUGUCCACACCGAAGGCGACACCAGUUGGCGGAGCAACAAACGGCGUUGGCGCAGCGGCAGGCGUAGCAGGCGCUAUCGACAACGGCGAGCUCGCGCGCGCAAUGAGCGUCAAGACGAACGACCAGCUUAUGGCUAUCUACCUCUCGAGCUUGAUCCGCGCCAUCACCGCGUUCCACGACCUCAUCGAGAACAAGAUCCAGAACAAGCAGCAAGCAGAAGACAAGGAAGCAAAGAAGGAUGAGGGCAAGGACGGUGAGAAGGAGAAGAAGGCAGAUGGUGUGAAUGGCGACGCAAAGGAGGGCGACAAGAGCAAAGAGAAAGGCAAGGAUGAGAAGAAGAAGCCAUGAAGAUGAGAAGAAGAAGCCAUGAAGAUGAGGAGAGUUGUGGGCUGAAAUAAGGAUCGUGAGUGCUACUACUUCAGCGUGGUAGUGCUGUGUCUGUGCCUACUGCACGGCGUGUAAAGACGACGCUGGGCAGAAAGCCUAGGUCGAGGAUAUAUGGCAUCAUGACAUGAUAGACUUGAGACGAUAAUGCAUCACGUCAAAAGACACCUUGAAAUUUGAACAUG